AUGGGGGGGAAACGGCACAGUGACGGCCAAGAGUCCGUCACCUGCCCAGCAGAGGGAAGGGGAGAGAGCGAGGAGAGAGCAGGGAGAGAGCAGGAGAGAACAGGGAGAGAGCAGGGAGAGAGCGAGAGGAGAAGGGGCGGGGUGUGGUUGGCGAGGUUGGAAGUGAUGGUGCCAAGAGAGGGCACAAUGCCAAGAGAGGGCACAAUGCCAAGAGAGGGCACACGCAAUGCAGAUGUGGCGGCGCCCGUUGCAAGGCGCAGAGCAGUGGACGGGAUGCGCAGAGCAGUGGACGGGAUGCGCAGAGCAGUGGACGGGAUGCGCAGAGCAGUGGACGGGAUGCGCAGAGCAGUGGACGGGAUGCGCAGAGCAGUGGACGGGAUGCGCAGAGCAGUGGACGGGAUGCGCAGAGCAGUGGACGGGAUGCGCAGAGCAGUGGACGGGAUGCGCAGAGCAGUGGACGGGAUGCGCAGAGCAGUGGACGGGAUGCGCAGAGCAGUGGACGGGAUGCGCAGAGCAGUGGACGGGAUGCGCAGAGCAAGACAGGGCAGUGAAAGACGUGGUGAACAUCAGGAGAGAGUAGCUGGCGCGGGGAGUGGUGUGGUGAAGCAGUUUUGA